UGCCGUGGCCUCAGGAUGAGACCCUCCAGGAGCACCCGCAGGCACCUAAUCUCCCUCCUCCUCUUCCUGUUCCAUUCAGAGACAGCCUGCCGCCCUUCUGGGAAAAGACCUUGCAGGAUGCAGGCCUUCAGAAUCUGGGAUGUUAACCAGAAGACCUUCUACUUGAGAAACAACCAACUAGUCGCUGGUUACUUGCAAGGCCCAAAUGCCAAAUUAGAAGAAAGGAUAGAUGUGGUGCCCCUUGAGCCUCAGCUCCUGUUCCUGGGCAUCCAGAGGGGGAAGUUGUGCCUGUCUUGUGUGAAGUCUGGGGAUAAGAUGAAGCUCCAUUUGGAGGCCGUUAACAUCACUGACCUGGGCAAGAACAAGGAGCAGGACAAGCGCUUCACCUUCAUCCGCUCCAAUAGCGGCCCUACCACCACCUUCGAGUCUGCCUCCUGCCCGGGCUGGUUUCUCUGCACGGCCCUGGAGGCUGACCAGCCCGUCAGCCUCACCAACACGCCCGACGACUCCAUCGUGGUCACCAAGUUCUACUUCCAGGAGGACCAGUAGCGCCGCCCAGACCUGCUCUCUCCACUCCCAGCUCAUCAGUGACUCCAGGGACUGCCUCCCCACUCCUGCCAGCGGCAGCCUUUGCAGGGCAGACCUGUGGCCGGAGGCCCAAGAGCCCUGGAAACAGGACUCUGCCUCUCGCCCCCUCAGCCAGCCCUGCCUCCAGGCUGUCCGCAGAAUUGUCUUUCUAAAGUGCAAGUUGAAUCAUGGCGGCCCCCUGCUUGAAAUCCUUCCAUGCCUUCCGGAUAAAACCCAGACCACCUGCCGAGCCUGACACCUCUGCUGUCCUCCUGCACCCCUGCCCCAGCUGUCCCCAGGCCACUCACCGUCUUCCCACCGAGUGGGUCCCACACCCUGUGUUAAAGCAGAUGCUGGCUCAUGGGGAGGUUAAGGGUCCGUGAAAAAUGGGCUUCUUGGAUUUGUGUUGUGUUUACCAACUGUAUUCAGUGUGAAGGAGAGUCAGUUAGGUCCCUUCUGGGAGGGGCUGGGGGACUGCCGUGCUCCGGCAUUGUGAAAUAAUUUGCACCCCAAGUGCAAAACAGAAAGGAACCUCCUAUUCCCCUUUUUUCUCCUCUUAGUAACGUUCAAGAUGGUAACGAUGAACAGUAAGCCUACUACGUUGGCUCCCACUUUUGCUCCCCCUUUUUGAACAUCGCUGAGCCCCUCGGCCCAGGCCCUGACACCAUUUGCACUCCAGAUCUUCACAGCUGCAGGCAGCGCUUCCCCUCCCGAUGCCCUCACUGAGCAAGUCUGGCCCCCCCCCCCCGGGAGCUCUUUCCUGCUCGGCUGCGGCAGGGGUCCCAGAAUUGCCCCUUGACCGUCUUAGCAAUUCCGACACCCUGAGGCUUGCAGGAGAGAUGGCCCUGCCUCUGUCUGGUGAGCCCCGGGGGAGCAUGCCGCAGGACUUGAGUGUGUCUCAGGCGCCUGCGGGGCCGAGCACCCGGCCUGGCCCUGAGCAAGUACUCUGUGGAUAUGCGUUGUGUGGUUUGGGUGAAAAGUUCUCUGCUCCUGUGACUUCAGCUCUAUUUUACCAUAAAAUUUUCU